AGAGAGCACUUGAUUUUGAAUAAACUAAUCCUCUGUUUGAUUAACCCGACUUCUAGCCCAUUUUACAAAGUUCUACUGGUUUCUACACUUUCUAGUUUUACUUCUAUGCUUCCAUUCCCAAACCUCUCAUCUCUGUGAAAGGGAAGAAAGUGGAAAAUGAAUCCUAAAACAGACAAGAUAGUGAGGAGGACGACGAUGGUCGCCACUGCCGUUGCUUCUUAUUUCCUCUUAACCGCUGACUAUGGCCCCGAACCCAAUGCCUUCGACCCGAUCAAAAAGGCAAUAAUAUCGGCAGAGAGUUCCGUUAAAGAGUUUAUCUUUGGAUCAAAAAAAUAACCUUGAGACAGUGAAAUAGGGAAGCUGAGCUCCAGUAGGGCAAAAAGAACAUUAGCAGGGUUUGUCAAAGAAGUUUGCGCAGCAUCAUCAGGAGUUAAGGUUGGCUAUUGGCUUAUGAGAGCAAGUUCCUGUCAAAGACACUAGAAACUUUGUUGAGGGGAAUAUAAUAUUUGUACACCUUUUUGUCCAUUCACGUACGUAAGAUGAUGGUUUAUGUUGCUUUGCUUUGACGGAAUUAACCUUAUUUUAUGUCCAUUUGAACACCGUAGAAUUUGCUUGAUGGUUUUAAAAGUAGUUCACCCAAGCUGUUCUUUCU